AUGCAGGGCUCCUUGAGGGCCGAGGAGAUCAAGGGAUGCACCGACUUCAAAGAAUCAAAGGAUUUCUUCGCUGCGAUCAAGGUGAUCUACGGUCCCCCGAUGAAGGUAACUACACCGCUUCUCAGCUCCGAUUGACCAACGCUUUUGAUGGAUACGUUGCGGUUUCUGAAGCGCUGGGCCGAACACUGUAGGAACGUCCUCAGCCGCGCUCCGAAAUUCCCGACGCCUCCAUCGACCGGCUCGGAAUAUAGAAAUCAGCGUCCACCUAGACCUCCCCCUUCUCGCGCCGUGUAGUUACGCUACGGCGACAAAGCACGAGAAUCCGAUGCAAUCCCGGCCGAAAUCUGCAGGUACGAUUGCCACUGCCUAAUGAACAAACUCAUGACGUUAUUUCAAGAGAUGUGGUACUGUGGACAAGUUCCUCACGACUUCAAGGGUGUAACUAUUGUUCACCUCUACCAGCGCAAAGGCAACCGGCAAGUCUGUGACAACCACAGAAGCAUUUCGUUACUCAAUAUCGCGUGGAAGGCUAUCGCCCGCAUACUCCUUAAUAGCCUCAACAGACACCUCGACCAAGGACUCCGGCUGGAAAGCCAAUAUAUUUUCCAACGACAUCGGGACACUAUUGACAUGGUGUUUGCCUCUCGACAUUUACAGUAGAAUUACCAAGAGAUGCAAACCCACCUCUGCACUCUCUAAAAACUAGAGGAUCCCGAUGCCGCCUGGACGUUCGCAGAUACUGUUUUUCACAGCGAGUCGUCUGUGCCUGGAGCGGGCUUCCCGAGGACGCAAUAAUGGCGGAUAACACGGAGACGUUCAAGCAGAGACUGGACGCAUAUUUGUUUGGACAAUACCGCUUGUCUGGACAGAACAGCUCUGUGGUGCCAAACCAACGCCUUGCAUACACCUACUGCUAAUGCGGAUGACUGUCGUUUUAUUUUACCGAUAUCAUCCGCAACUGAAUGUUCUCGAGUUUCAAUGAAAGAUAUUAUGUUAAGUGUAUAUAUUACUGACAACAUUUUAGUACGGUGUUUAGUUUAAGUUUACAAUAGGGUUUUCAGAGGUAUUGCCUUACUAACCUUGAAAUAUACAGACCUAGACUGACAUACUGACCUACCACAGUGGACUUGAUAAAGGCCUUUGGGACGGUGAGUCGCGAGGGACUGUGGAAAAUCAUGCAGAAAUUUGACUGCCCUGGAUGAUUCAGGCACAUGAUACGUUAGCUUUACGACGGAAUGAUGGGACGCGUCGCGAACAACGGCACAAUCUCCGCGACAUUCAAAAUGACAAAUGGAGCUAAGAAGGACUGCGUCCUCUCGCCUACACUCUUCAGUGUCAUAUUCCCUGCUGUGCUGAUGGACGUCUACCGUGAUGAACGCUCCGAAAUGCGUAUAGCCUACAGAACUGAGGAUCAUCUUCUCAGCAGCAGGCGCAUGCAGGCCAAAACGCGGCUAUCUACGAACACGGUUCACGAUCUGCCCUAUGUCGACGAUUGCGAGCUCAACACCACGACCUAAGUGGACAUGCCAUGGAGCACGAUCCUCCUUGACGGCGGAUUCGCCAACUUCGGCCUGACUAUCACCAUGGACAAACCGGCCGUCAUGCACAAAUCGUCACCCAACACGCAUGAGUGCAUGUCCACUAGAAUCGCUGUCCACGACCACCAACUCAAAACCGUGGACGAUUUUGCUUAUCUCGAAAGCACGCCUUCCAACAGCACUAAAAUUGGCGAUGAGGUUUCACUCCGGAUCUCCUAAGUCAGCCGAACCUUCGGCCGGCUGCAGAACUCCGUGCGGAACCGCCACGGCCUCCAACAGAAUACCAAACUAAAGAUGUACAACGACGUCAUCCCGACGACACUUCUUUACGGAGAGGAGACUUGGAACAUCUACACCAACCAUGCCAAGGAACUCAACUUCUUCCUUCUCGGUCGGAAUCCAAUCUGUCGCUGUGUACCGGCGAAGCCUCCGACGACUUUUUAGUCGGCUUAAUUUAGAUUCAGGUUUUGCUCAGGAGGCAGAAUGUAAAUAUUUGCACCCAUGUAUUUUGGGCGGUUUACAGAUGAAGCUCCUGGUUGUCAUUGGUGGCCGAAGCGAGAAAAGGUUUUUCAGGAAUCUCUUGAGUGCUCUUCUCGGUCCCCCGCCAUGUCUCAACUUCUGCUGGGGUGGGUCGAGAGAAGAAGGAACCUUUUUUGAAUGUCCCUUUACGGCCUCCCCACUGGUAUGUCAAAUAUUUAAGUUAAUUCCUCAUCUGCAACUCGUGGAAACGCCACCUCCUCCGUUUGUACUGCAGACGUGAUCCGCAAUUUGUGUAAGUAACUGGUGCCAUGGGGCGAGAUUCAGAUAUGGUGGUAGAGCCAAACGUCAAGAGACUACGGAGAAGGUAAAAUAAUUACCUUAAGACUUUCUAACCUACAUUAAGUUCCUCCAUGUGCACCAUCACAGUCGUGGCUUACUUAGCGAUGUCUCCGUCCGAUGGCACUGUAAUUACGCCCUUCGUAUUAUCGUCAAAGUCUUUCUAUAUUCACUCUGCUUUACUUAAUAUUGCAUUGCGCAUUGAAAUCCAUUGACCAAACGUAUAAUUCAGCGGUAUAAUUUUCUAUCCGUCAUUUCAAUCAUUUUCUUACCAUUCCAUUCAACGAUUGUAGCAGCAGUACAAAUAUCUAGGCAACGGCUUUCUUGUACUCCAGGAACAGGCCGCUGAAAACGCAACUAUGCGUAGCAUGUACUGUGUCAAUGCAUGAUGACCAAUAUUGAUGACUGUAGAUAUUUUUAUCUUUGUCCUUUUGAGUACUUAUGUGUCUGAAACCAUUAAAAUGUUCCGCUAAACUCGUAAUUGCACCUUAGGACACACAUACGGGGAUGCGGCAUUUUGGGGCUUCGAGGUGCCACAUUAAGGUCUGAUACGCCGACGAGUGGUGGGGAAAUCGGUAUCAUAUAGGAAAGCUGGACAUAGACGGUAAAAUGUGCAUUUUUUUCGGCGAUGGGGCCAGAGGAUAUCACACGGAUGAAUUGCCCAUCAUAGCUCCGCGAUAUAUCUCUCGCAGCCUCGUAAUUUCGCUGCUAUAGUCCCCUAAUUUAUUGGGACAGAGAGGUUGCUAGCCGCGGCUAGUGCUGGCGGAGUAAAUUUUCCGUCGUCUAAAGUCUCGUAUUAUCCCCUGCCAGCACAUGGCCCCUUCAUAGGCGGGGCUGGGAAGGGGCUGGUUGGGGCCAGAGCCCUCAUUGGAUUGAAACAUUUUGAAGCGUAUUUGUAUCGAAAGUUAUGUUUCAAAAGCAUGACUCAUUGUAUCCUUCUUGGCAUAAAAAGGAGCUAAUUUAUAAAAAAUUGGCUUAUAAAUCAUGAAAAAAGCAUUCGUUUACGCCCACGGGUCGCGGAUAAUAUUGUGCGUCAACCAAUGCUGUUUUGAUGCUCUUAAUAAAUGUCUUAGUUAAUUUAUGUAUCAUAUACUCACAAAACAGUUCAAGUAGUCAACUUGUAUGUCUAUUUAUUAACUAGUUAGCAUUGAUGUUCAUAGUCCAAUUAUACAUAUUUUUUCGUUUUUUACUGAAAAUUCAAAGCAAUAAUGAAGCGUAAUUACUGUGGCUCCCAUCGAACCACCAUAUCCAAGCGCAUUAUGCGCCAUAUAAAAGGCAUAUUAUGAGGCCACUGAAGAGCCUGAUUCUGAGGUUCUCUCAACGUCCAAAGCAGUUGGCAAUCAAUCCCCUGAACGAGAAAUGCCUAUUAUGAGCUCCGAAACUUAUGCCGGCAAGUAUUAUGUGUGUGCACCUCGGGGGGCUCAUCAUGCAGGUCGAUAUUUUAAGGGAGUGUCAAGAGUGGGUGGAAAUCUGGCGUCCCCUGCGCAUUUUUUUUCGCUGGCGGGGCCAGACGGGGCUGUCGCGUUGAAUUCCCCGCCACAGGCCCUUCUACAGCCCCACCAAGUCCCUUCAUAGCCCCCUCUAGCCCCGCCAUAUUUGAGAAGCUUACGCGGGGCUGGUGCUGGCAGGGUUGAUUAUAAGUUGACCAAGCCCAAAGACUAGGUGGUCCCCUCACCAAAUGACCAUUUUGCGCUAGUACACUUGAUCCUCUGUUGUUCCCGCGUGCCUGUGAAUUUCAUUUCACUGGUGGGGCCAGGCGGGACUGUCGUGUUGAAUGCCCCGCCAAAGCCCCUUCCACAGCCCCGCCUAGCCCCUUUAUAGCCCCCUCUAGCCCCGCCAUUUUUGAUGGGGCUAGGAGGGGCUGGUGCUAUCAGGGUCAGCUUAAAUUUCUGUUGUCUGAAGUUUAUCAAACAUCUGAUCUUGUUUUGAUUGUAUCUGCCUGAGGUUAUCAAACUUUUGGAGAACACUAUUUUCUGGACUCUGAAGCACAGAGAUCUGGGAAAUGUAAAAGUAUACUAACCAACCAUCCCGCGAGACGAAAAAAUUGUCCACGGAGCGGGAGUCGACUCCUUAGCCCCCAUAUCGCACGGAGAGCGCCUAAACGCCUGGGGCGCCGCCAUCGAAGAGCGCCCUCAAAGAAUAGUAAGUGCAUUAGCCUCAUGUUUUAAGGGUGCGCCGAAUUUGGCCGGGAAAAUAGCGCAUUAGGAAAUUCAUGUGAACCGGUGAUAAUUCGUUUCGAGCAAGCAGGAGAUGACAAAUGCAAAACGUCAGAAACGGUUCACAGUGAGGCCGAGGUGCCCCGCGACACAAAAUAUCCCGGUGAAUUCGCGUACGAUUUUCUACCAGAUACACAAGCUCCGAACUGCUGUGCAUCGUGUAAAUAUUGCAAGGAUCUCGCAUUAAAUAUUACAGCUUUGGAGACGAAUAUGAACCUCCUCAUAGACCUGGUUUCAUUGUCGCUUAAGCGUGAUAAAAUAAAGUCAAUUGAUAAAAUCGGUAGCAGCCAACGAUUCGCUUUGAAACUGACAGAGUUGACUAAGGCCCAACCCCUCAUCGAAGGCCGAAGCACGGUUAAAACAGGAAAAAAACUCUCUAUUUGCCGUGACUUAUCGCUUCAGGAAAUAACUGGCUGCAGCAAUAUAAAAAGUGGACGAAGAAGAAGAAGAAGAAGAAGAAGAAGAAGAGGGAAACAACAACAGCGCCACCAUCACCGACUAAAAUAGUAAACGAUACUCCGAAAUCUCAAACUAAGUAGAGAAGUGAGAACAGCAACGCGCAGUCAUAGUUGAUAACCAGUCAGCUCAAGGACAGCGGCCAGCAAACUGCCAGAUUCUUAGUUGUCCGACCUCCUCCACAGAAAAUUUAAAAAGGGAUUCGGAAUUGAAAAGACCAACAUGUGGACGGAAUCUUCGAAAUAAACCGUAAAAUUAACAAAGCAAGAUCUUCGAUCGCCCCGGAGAAGCAGAGAGCAGCGGAUCGCCGUCCCUUGCAAAGGGACCAGGAGGAAGCAGGCGAGUGAUAAUAUUACUCAGACCGUACACAGGCAAAUGAGAUCAUAUUAAAAGAUAAUAAACAAAUAUGGACUGCUGAAGAGGGAACGCAGAAGUCGGACGGCUUCGUUGUACCCAAGGAAAAGAACUUCCUGAGGUCGAAUAUCGGAGCUUGUCUGAGCAGUCUUGAGAAACCAUCAGCGAUCGAAUAGACACAGUAGCGGUUGGCUCAGAUAUCCUCUCUGUUGAUAUAAAAGAUACGGACAGUAUUGUCACGAACAUGGUGGAUGGCAACCAGAACAUCACCAUGAAAGGUUUCUGAGGAAUCCCGAAGUCACCAUCAUCACACAAAAGGACAGGCCGUUCGGAUAACAGUGCUUGGCAAUAAUGGGACCUCAGAAGGCAAACACAUACAUUCUUAUGCAUCGUGUUCUAACAGAUCUUGACUUAUUCGAAGGUUUCUGAACGCACUGCUUCAAACAAACGAAGAGAUUUCAGUACUGGGAGUUUUCACCCUAGGGAAGCGUACUACUGUUCCCUUACAUAAAGGGAAGUAGCAGGAUGGCAGCAAGCAGCUUCAGGUUUAUUAACUUAACUUGCCUCCCAUGCAAAAUGAUGGAAGCUCUAGUAAAGAGCGCUAUGCAGCAGUUUUGUGAAGAAAAUAACAUCUGACAGUCUUUUCAACAUGACUUCUGGAGAGGAGGUUCCUGCCUCUCAAAUCUACUAGCUUGUCUGGAGAUCUGGACCGGGGCUCUGGAAAAGGGUUUCGAGGUUGAUAUCGUGUAUAUCGAUUUCCGCAAAGCUUUUGAUACUGUUCCGAGCCAACGCCUUCUUCACAAAUUGAGCGCCAUCGGCACUCGAGGAAAUUUUCAGAACUGGAUAAGGACGUUUAUGGUUACUCGGAAACAACAUGUCUGUUCCGGAGAUGAUAUGUCAGAAUGGGUGAACGUGACCAGUGGUAUGCCUCAAGGCUUAGUUCUGGGACCAUUGCUCUUCAUUCUUUAUGUUAAUAACAGCCUUCAGGAACUCGACUGCGGCAAACUAAUGUUCGCAGACGACGUUAAGCUCUGGCAAGACAUUAAGGGUCCGAAUAACCAGAGAUUUCUUCAAGAUGAUCUGCACCGACUGCAAGCGUGGUCGGAGAAAUGGCUUCUAGAUUUCAAUGUGGAGAAGUGUGCCGUCCUUCAUCUGCGUCCAAUCAACUCUCAUUCAAAUGAGAGCCUGAGGACAUAUCACCUGAAAGUUAUAAGGCUACCCUCAGAAUCCUUACAGAAGGAUCUCGGGGUUUGAAUACAGAACAACCUGAAACCAACGCUGCAGUUCCACAAGGCUGCAAAAAACGCCAUGGGAGUGCUGCAUGCAAUCAAAAGGGCGUUCGUAACCUUUGACCAAGACCUUUUUGGGAAAGUUAACGGCCCCUUAGUUCGGCUCCACCUAGAGUAUGGCGUAUGAGCGUGGCGGCCAUGGCUUGUUAAGGACCAAGCAUGCCUUGAACGAGUAGAACGGCGUGCAACGAAGCUGGUAGACGGUCUGAAAAUCCAAUCCUACACAGACAGACUGAAUUUCCUUAAUUUAUCCCCUCUGUGUUACAGGCUGCAAAGAGAUGAUCUUAUCCUCGUCUACAAGAUAAUACAUGGCCUUGAGCAUGGACUUAGCUUUAGGGACAUGUUUGAGUGGCACAUUUCGCCCAAUCUUCGUGGUCACUCGAUGAAGUUACGGACAACAAUGUCCAGGCUGAAUCUUCGUUCUGAAUUUUUCACGCAGAGGGUAGUGGACAAAUGGAACGAUCUCCUUCAGUCAGUCGUGGAGGCUACGUCUCUGCAACCCUUCAAGAAACGCUUGGAUAUUUAUUUGUGUCCCCGGUUUCUCCUCGACAGUCUUGGCUUGAGCUAAAUACCACGAGGUCCCGGAAAAUGUUUUCUCUGAAAUAAUGGUACUCAAAUGAAUCAAGUGCUGUUUUAAUAGCGAAUAUUUUCACUGUUCGUGUACAGUUAUUACUAACGACCUGACAUGUAAUCAAUAGGGUUUUCAAAGGCUUUGCCUAUUAUCCUUACUAAAUAAACUGAAAUUAAAUACACUGAAACUGAAGCCUCCAUCCAACCGCACCCUAACCUAAUCAUGAUUGUUCUGAUUUGUAAUAACCAGGCCGAAGCGGUGAAAAGGUCAGCAGUUAGUCCAACAGCCCAGGGUGCAGCAGAGGAGCGGAGAAUAAAAACUGGUUAUAUAUAGCAACCGCAUAAUCUCUCUUCCUAUGGACUCAUCUUGCGCGUAUGUCGCCACAGCUGAAGCAAAUGACAAAAAGGCGGCAUAGCCGACUAACCACAGGCAAAAGUACUAAAAUGUUUAUGAAACGAUGCACAGUUUACUAUCUACAAUAGACGAGCUUAAGAUUUACGUAAAACAAACCUUACCGGAUGUCAUAUCCAAAAGUGAAAUGUGGUUCUCCGCGAACGUAAGUUAUGGCGAAGUGGCUCUCUCCGGCUAUCACUUGUCCAGAAGGGAUAGAGCGAAAAUUCAAGGUGGGAGUGUACUCAUAUAUGUCAAAUAUAGUCUGCUGAUGUCGAGCAAAGGGGAAGAUCACAUGCACAACUGAGAAAAUUAGAGUUACCAGAAAGCCGGUGUCGCAAACUCUUGAUAUCUUGAUGGUCUACCGUCCACCUAGGAAAGACCCUCAGUCAGGCAGUAGUCCUAUAGGGCCGAUGCGCUUUCGACACGAACCGAUGUUAUGAGUAUGGACAACUUUAACGCUAUGAAUAUUUACUGGAAUCCGAAUUCUGUCCCGGUUUCAGAAUUAAUCUUCGACCGCCGCCUCCUAUAAACAGUGUAGACUCAUAUCUUACAAAACGCGGCUCAUCUCUAACCAGAAUAUAUGAGGCUAGCUAACCAACUGCCUGGACGUUGUUCUGACGAAAAUGCCUGACAGCGUGGAUGUCGUAAACUGCCUACUUCCUCCCGGAUAAAGUGAUAAUGUAGUACUACAGUGGGAGUAUUCCUUCUUCUCUGUAUCUGACCAAAGCAUUACCAUCAGACGCGACAUAUAGGGCGGAGAUUUUAACCGAAUGUAAAUCGACAUGCGUCGUAUAGAUUGGAAAGCAACAGUCACAGGGUGUGUUCUCCAGGACAGGUUAGAAGUUAAGGCCUUAAUGCAUGAAAAUAUCAUUAGACACUUCCCUAUAUUGUAAAAGAAGAUCGACAGCAGGCUCCGAUGGCUAAAGGGUGCACCAAGGAGAGAAGUAGGCUGCAGGCAACAGCCGUGGACAACGUAUCUCAGGAAGGAGACAGCCAAAUCAAUGAACAACUACAAGACACAGAAAAAUAGAAAAAGGAUGCCUGUUUAUAAAACCCAUCAAGACUUCGAGAGUAACCUACUAAACUGUGUAGGAGGAAACCCAGAGCUUUUCUACAACUAAAUGGGACUGUGUGCUCCCAAUAGGAAUUUCAUCCAUAUGUUACAAACGAAUGACGCCGUUGGACAACAAUUAAGCUGAAUAUCUAUUUAGGGCCACUAAGCCAGCUUUUUCGAGAGAAACCGAUCUACCCGUUGCCAAACAUAAUGUGGAGGAAGUCCCGAAAAUGCCCACCAUGGCUCUCACAAAUCUACAGUUCAACAAGAACCGCUGAAGCGACAUUGCCAGGUCCUGAUAAAAUACCAUUAGAGGUGUCAAAGAAAUCGGCAGAACCCCUAUGUCUUCUCAUUUCACGCUUCCCUAGAUUCAGGCAACUUGUCACCUGAGUGAAAGACUGCGUGGAUUUCACUGAUAUAUAAGUAUGGCUUUUGAACUUUCCCUAUAUUGGAGCGUUAUGAAGCGCAUUAUGAAGCACAAACUGAUACAACUUUAGGAGUGCAUGGAAAACAUCUUGGUUUGUCGAUCGGCGGGAACGGUUGAGAACGGGGUUCGUCAGAGUUUCGGUCAUGCCCCUAUAAUUUGUUGGCUGCAUCCGUGGGUUCGACUGCUACAUCAUUGUGUUUGCUGACUACAUAAAGCCUUGGGUGUUAUUCGCAGCGAAAACGAUGAAGCAAAUUUACAGGCACACUUGAACCGACUUGAGCAAUGGCUUAAUCACUGGUUCCCCUGCUUCGAUGCUACCAAAUGCGACAUUCUGAGAGUCGAAAAAACCACUCUGGGCACUGGAAAACGUAAUAUCUUAACUAAGGUCAAGGUCAGAAGAAAGGUCAAGGUCAAGGUCAAGCCGCUGGUUUUGAAUUUGAAGAUAAGUGGAUGAUAUUAUUUUCAGUGAUUUUUCUGUGAGACCUAACGAUUUUAGUACCUGUUUUUUUGGUUGAAUUUCCUUAAAUACAGGCCUCUUCUCUAAGAACUGCCGGCUGCCAUCUCCUUUCGAGUUCUGCUAGUCUAUGCCCCUUGUUCACUAAUCGCACUCUGCAAUUCUCAUUUUGUGCAUCCGAUUUCUCUCUAACUGUUGUAAUUUAUUUUUACAUUGUUAGCCCCUAGCUGAAAUUCAGUCAACUUGUCUGCCAGAAGUUUUCUUAAUCACAAAUUGCCUCGAGACAAGAUGAGACCAAAAGUCACUGGUCGACGUAAGCUCUCGGCUCUUGUAAGUUAACAUGGCCUAACUAAACGUAAGUCAGAAGCUUUACCUAAAUCUAAGUCAGAUGAUAUUACUAGUCAGUCGUCACCCGUUGUAAUUGGUCGGCAGCUUAAUCUGUCUGCACUUGACCACUGCAAUGACUUUAUGCUAAAGUUUGGCUCUUUGCUGACAAUUCUUGGACAUUUAUUCGACGGGAACAUCUCCGAUAUUCCCUCUAAAGAAUGUAGGCGUCUCGACUCACUUGUUCACCUGAUCGCCAGUGAAUCUAGUGAUAGACAGAAGCGUUCUUACAACUUCCUGCUAAAAAAUAUUCCUCGAUCUGCUCGGCCAAUUGAUGUUGCGACCAAUUUCCUGUAUUCAUGUGGUUUCAACUAUAAAAUAGCUGAUGCCAAACGCUUGUCCUCCCGUAGUACAAAUCCACCCAUCUUAGUCAAAUUGUUUGCAUCAAUCGAAGUUGACACAAUCUUUACCCAUCGAGAGCGUGUCACUGCGUGCCUAGAGAAGGCAAAAUUUUUCCUUUGUCAUGAUCUUACUCCUAUGGAGUGUAGAAUCGGGUCUCUAUUCUCACGUAAACCCACUGCUUCUCAGUCUAAUGCUCCCCAACUCGGUCAUAAUACAAGUGGCCAUAAGGAUUCAGCUUCUCCUACUCCUGCGACAUCUGACUCCCUCCUUCCUAUUUCUCCUACAUCUCCAUCUCAUUCAAGCCACUUGACGCACUUGCCUGCCCCUAAACCUGCAGCAGCAGCAGCAGCAGCAGCAGCAGCAGCAGCAGCAGCAGCAGCAGCCCCAUUUGUCGUUUCGUAUCCUCCGGAUAGUCCCGCUGAGACACAUGAAAAUCCGUCUACAUCAGCUAGACCGAUAA